AUGUCGAUAUCUAUGGACGCCGGUCCAGGCUUCGCAGCCCUACAGUCAUGGAGUAGCCAAGUGGCAGCAUUUGGAAACUCCAACCAAACCGUGGUGGACAGAGUUUCGCCAGAAAUGUUACAUUUGAUCGACGCUUACUGGUAUCAAUUUCCGCCCAUGAAUCCCUUAUGGCAUGCGCUAUUGGGUUUUACCAUUGGAGUCCUCGGUUUCAUUUCAAUGAUGGGCAACGGUAUGGUCAUUUACAUCUUCAUGACAACAAAGAAUCUGAAAACACCAUCGAACUUACUCGUAGUGAACUUAGCAUUUUCUGAUUUCCUAAUGAUGUGUGCCAUGUCUCCAGCUAUGGUAAUUAAUUGUUACAAUGAAACUUGGGUUUUCGGACCAUUCGCGUGUGAGCUAUACGGUUGCGCUGGAUCGCUAUUUGGGUGUGCUUCAAUUUGGACGAUGACAAUGAUCGCUUUCGACCGCUAUAAUGUUAUUGUGAAGGGAAUUGCGGCAAAACCAAUGACAAACAACGGAGCUCUUCUACGAAUUCUCGGAAUCUGGGCCUUCUCGUUGGCAUGGACAGUGGCACCUUUCUUCGGUUGGAACAGAUACGUACCUGAAGGUAAUAUGACUGCAUGCGGUACUGACUACCUGACCAAAGAUUGGUUUAGCCGAAGCUACAUCGUUGUCUAUUCCGUUUUUGUUUACUUUGCCCCGUUGCUUCUGAUCGUCUACUCUUAUUACUACAUUGCUGUGUCUGCUCACGAAAAAGCAAUGAGGGAACAAGCGAAGAAAAUGAACGUGGCAUCUCUUAGAUCGUCGGAAGCUGCUAACACUAGCACUGAAUGUAAGCUAGCUAAGGUGGCACUUAUGACAAUUUCUCUGUGGUUCAUGGCCUGGACACCUUACUUAGUCAUCAACUACACAGGAAUAUUGGAAAGCGCUCCAAUUAGUCCUUUAGCUACUAUCUGGGGCUCACUCUUUGCCAAAGCUAAUGCUGUAUAUAAUCCGAUUGUAUAUGGUAUCAGCCACCCUAAAUACCAAGCUGCUCUGUACAAAAGAUUCCCAGUGCUUCAAUGCCACUCAACGACUACCGAUGAGGCCAGCUCUGUAGCUUCGGGCACUACUGUCAUGGAAGAGAAACCGACAGCAUAA